UAAAACAAAACAAGAUUUUCAUUCAUCGCGUGCGUAUGGUUUUUCGGGUUUUUCGGAAACUAUUUUAGUUUAGUUUUCUUUCCAGCCAAGUGUAUAUUGCAAAUUUUGGAAAUGCCCAUCUUAGCAGAGCUCGCAGGAGACGAAAGUACCGGAGACAGUUCCCGUACGUUUGUUUUUGAAAACGAAGGCCACACAUUGGGCAAUGUUCUUAAGAGUAUUAUUUGUAAAUACUCCGAUGUUAAUUUUUGCGGAUACACCGUGCCUCAUCCGGCGGAAAACAAAAUGCAUUUUCGUAUUCAAGCUGCGAGAAAUGUCCGUGCUAUCGAUGUACUUAGACGGGGUUUAGAAGAUCUGGAACGAAUAUGUGAUCAUACUAUUGAAACGUUCGAGGCUGCAGUGGCGAUACAUCAGGAAAACUAUAACUAAACUUUAAGAAAAAUCUUUAUGUCUU